UACAUAUACAUCAUUAAAGAGCCGUGGUGGCUGAGAUUUAGCUAGGCUGGCAAAGGGGGAAAUGGCCAUCCUCUUCAACUUCCUCAAGCCUCUUCUUCUCCUCCUCCUUACUCUUUCAGAUUUAUUUGCAAGUAGCCUCAGCCUUGGAAUUGGAAUUAACUAUGGCCAAAUUGCCAAUAAUUUGCCAACACCGUCGCGAGUUUCCUAUCUCCUCAGAUCUAUCAAUGUUACGAGAGUAAAACUUUAUGACGCUGAUCCAAACGUGUUAAGCGCAUUUGCUAACACGGAUGUGGAAUUCGUUAUUGGACUUGGGAAUGAGUACCUACAAAGAAUGACUGAUCCUCAACAAGCUCAGGCUUGGAUUCAAUCGCAUGUUCAACCUUACCAUACUCAGACUAAAAUCACUUGUAUUACUGUUGGGAACGAGAUCUUAACGGGGAACGAUACACAGAUGAUGAAUAACCUCCUCCCGGCAAUGCAAGGUGUAUAUCGGGCUCUUGUUAAUCUUGGCCUUAGCAACGAUAUAUAUGUUGCACACGCCCACUCGGCUGGGAUCUUGGGCAACUCUUUUCCGCCUUCCUCUGGUUCAUUUCGACAAGAUCUUGCUGAAUACAUUCAUGGCAUUCUCAAUUUCCAUGCCCAAACCAAGUCGCCAUUUCUUAUAAAUGCCUAUCCAUUCUUUGCAUACAAAGACAGCCCCGAUCAAGUCCCACUUGAUUAUGUACUUUUCCGGCCUAAUGCUGGUACGAUUGACCCAAUCACAAAUUUAAAGUAUGACAACAUGUUGUAUGCACAAAUUGAUGCAGUUCAUUCAGCGGUUAAGGCAAUGGGCUACUCAGACAUUCAAGUUAAAGUUUCUGAGACAGGGUGGCCAUCUAAGGGCGACCCAAAUGAGUUUGGAGCAACACCUGAAAAUGCUGCACAAUAUAAUGGUAACUUGUUUCGGCGUAUACAACAAAAUCAAGGAACUCCAGCAAAGCCAUCCGAGCCCAUUGAUAUUUAUGUGUUUGCGCUCUUUAAUGAAAAUCUAAAGCCUGGUCCAGCAUCAGAGAGGAAUUAUGGCCUCUACUAUCCCGAUGGAACUCCAGUUUAUAACAUCGGGUUACAAGGAUUCCUUCCGCGUAUGGAUUAUUCAGCUGCCAAGAAAAACGCCUUGUCUAUUUCUGCUUUUCUUCUGCUUAUUCUGGUUUUCUUGAUACAAGACUGAAAGCGGUACAAUAGAUCAAAUAUGGGGAUACUAGUAGAUUAGAGAUGAUUCAAUUUUGUCAACAACUUUUGCUGAUAGAUAGGUAUUAAAGGUAGUCGAAGACGGCGCAGCUUUUAUUUGCUAUUUCACACUGCUAACUUGGCUGGGGAAUUGCUUAUUGGACUUGAAGUCUUAUCAAUAUUCAUUAUAUUCAUACCCAAAAAAGAAAUCAGAGAUUAAAAACUCAAAAAAUUGUGUAACUACUUUUUAUUUGUUGAAUAGUUGAUUCGUUUACAAAUGGAAUAAGAACAGAAAAGUUUCUCUGGCAAUAGUUGUCAUCCCAUUUUAUUAGAAUUUGUUAUAAUUAGGGAACUAUAAUUGUGCUGACAUAUCAUAGAUUAUGACAUUGCAGAAUUGUAAUACUAGCCACUAGCCAUGUUUCUUUCUCUCUUUUUUUAAUCAUUGUUAUGUGGUUGUGA